AUGUUGUUUCUGGCUUCUCUUUACGUUGCCCUCUGCUUUGCGGCGGGGGUGUUUUCGGCGGAUCUACUCAUGAUAGAUACGCUCAAGGCCGAAGAAUAUAAUCGAGCCAUUGCUGCCGGCUUCAGCGUUGAUGUCGUGACAAAAGCGGUUUUCAACUCCAUGACAACAGAGCAAUUUUCAGUCUAUAGAGCAAUUGUCAUUGGGGACCCAUACUGUAGCGGUAUCAGCAAUAUUGCCUUCCUAGAUACCAACAGAAAUGUGUGGUCAAGUGCCAUCACGGGCAACAUUGUCUUGAUCGGAACCGAUCCGAGUUUCCACGCAAAAUACGGAAACAUCGCCGGAGCCCGGAACCUGAUGACCAAUUCCAUAGGCUUCGCAGCCGGUCAAGCCGGAGAAACGGGGCUUUAUAUCGCCAUGUCUUGUUAUGGUGCUCAGACCCCCAUCUCAGCCCUCACCUUCUUCGGAACCUUCAACAUGGCCUACUCGUCGUCCUGCAAUGUGCAUAUUGUCGCCUCAUCCCCCGCUCUGGGCACGCUUGCUGAUAGAUCUAACCCAUUCUUACCCCUCGCCAUCGUGAAAGGGGCGACUGGCGCCGGAUCAAUGACUUACGGAGAUGGGACCUCAGGUGUCCCGUACAUCUUGGCUCGUGGUGCAACACCUGCCGGGUGUGGUGACGGAAUCUGGCAGCCUAAGAUUGGCGAGGAGUGUGACAACGGAGCAUUAUUGAACGGCGCGGAUGGCAAUGAAUGUUCACUCGCUUUCAUCGUCAACUACGGAAUCAUCAACUACCACAGAAUCAACUACCACAGAAUCAUCUACCACAGAGUCGUCUACUACAGAAUCGACUACAACAGAAUCGUCUACAACAGAAUCGUCUACUUCAGAACCGUCUACUACAGAGUCAUCAACCACAGAUUCGUCUACCACAGAGCCAUCAACCACAGAAUCGUCUACUUCAGAACCCGCGUUGUCUACGAAUUCCUCCUCAACGACCUCUACCCCAUUCUUCGGGAACACCACUUCCGAACCCUCCUCGACGGCUUCAUCCUCUUUGACAUCUUUCGUCCCAGCCGGCUCAGAUUCUUCAUCGACCUCAGCAUUAAGCUCGGGCCCUUCCGAUUCUUCGCUAAGGACUCCAUCUUUCACCGGCCUAGCGACUUCGAUAUCUACAACCGCUCCUACUUCGUCAGUAACAACCCGCAGCUCGAGCAGCUCAGGAAGCUCAAGCAGCUCAAGAAACUCAAGCAGCUCAAGCAGCUCAAGCAGCUCAAGCAGCUCAAGCAGCUCAAGCAGCUCUACUGGGCCCUCUCCCUCAACGACAGCACCAAUCUCAAGCAUUCGGACAACGUUCAUCUGAUCGACUCCGCUGGAAAUGUGGAGGUCACGUCAACGUGCACACAGGCCACCUUAUUCGCCAUCACCAUCGACGGCCGACUGAUCGUUAACUCUCUCGUCGCUCGGGCACUGCCAGCCAGAAUCGCAGCCGGCUCGGAACCAUUGACAUUUGCCUCGCCUGUAGCUGGACAAGUCGAUACCACCUUCCUCACCAAUGGAGGCCAGAUAUCAUGGAACAAUGCUGCUUUUGGUAACGGAAAUGCCAUCUUCGCUUUGAAUCCCACAAGCCAGUUGAUCGAGGUAUUUUACAGUGGCACACCUCCAUCGACCUACCCAGCCAUUACCUUCCGGAUCGUUCCCGCUGCAACUGUUGCCGAUGCAUGCCCAGUAUUAGCUGGAGGACUGACCUCCGGUUCUACAAUUCCGACCACGUCUCCUGGUACAGUCUCCAUACCUGCAAGCAUUCCACACGCUAGCCUUAAACCAGUCGGCCUUGAGAAGUGUGUCUUCGUCAGCAUUUACACAGUCACUGUUGGGGGCGAGAGGCGUACCAUCACUAAGCCCACACACACCAGUACGAAAUUCAUAUACCGGAGCGCCGUCCCAGAUUCUCCUUGCUAUGCCUGUUUACUGGCCUCGCAGAACAUCGAAUGCCCGACCGAUGACAAAAACAAAUUCACAGUCGUCACCUCAUCAUGCACAGGAUCUAAUUCGGCGUUAUUUACAGCGCCCAGCGCGGUCUACACCCCUUGCCCUACUUGCACGGCCACCACCCUGCGCGGUGCGGCCAUUACGCCCGGUCCAGCCGGGAUCCAGAACUCAGCGGGAUUCUCACCCGUGAAGACCGUCACAAUUGGCGGGGGUCAGGUCAUCUAUGGCUCUUUGUCCAGCGACGGACGCGUGAUCAACACUGCGGUUGCCCUGUCAGCAAAUGCUCCUCAAGUGACUGGCGAACAAAAGGCACUACCUGCGAAUGCUACUCCUUCCCCUGCGCCUCUCGUCACUGCAAACGCUCAGCCUGUGCCAGUCGAUUCUACCAGCAGAGCUCCCGUCAUUGUCAACACCAAGGCCGCUGAAGCCCCGCCCUCUCAAGCAACACUGUCCAAUGUCGGCACCAAGACUGCCGAAGCCCCAACUGGUGCUACCCAGCCUGUAACGACCGCGGCGACCGGAUCUGCUGCUUCUGUUAUCAAGGGCAUGACCUUCCUGCAUUUUAUUCUAUUGGGCAUAUUUAUCUGA